CACAGCAUAGAGGCGCGGGAUCCGGUUAUGGCGAUAGCCGGGUGAAGACGCGUCUGCUAUUAGGUGGUGGAUCCGUAUCCUGCUCCUCUCACUCCACAGCGAUGCCGCCCCCCGCCUCACGAGCUGCCAUCACCCGCCUCCUCUCCCUCACCGCCAACCAGGGCUGCAGGGGCUGCGGCAGGUCCCACUCCGCCCUCGACCACCACUCCCACAGGGGCAUGGCCACCCCCACAGACUUGCCCCUCAGCAGGGGAGGCCCGCCCCCUGGCAAUGCCGACUAUGCUUUCGAGGUGAGCACCAGACAAGGCGUCGCGGCCGGAUGCUCAUGGUGAACAGAUGGCUGCGUCGACCCUCCGAUUCGGCGCACAUGCGACCCGAGAAGUCGGCAUGGACUUUGCAAACCUCAUUCGCGAGAUGCCUUCCGUCGACCGCUCACGCGCAAAGAUUGGAGUGUUCACGGAUCCCAACGUGGCCAAGCUUCAAGUGAUGGAGAUCGUGGAGGAGAGUCUGCUGAGGGAAGGAUUGGACUUUGUGGUCUUUGACAAGGUCUCCGUCGAGCCGACCGACAAGAGCUGGGGGUCUGCUGUUGACUUUGCAAGAUCCUCCCAUUUGACGCACUUUUUGGCCGUGGGAGGUGGGUCGUCAAUGGAUACUGCGAAAGCAGCCAACCUGUUGGCCAACUAUCCCGAGUCCGACAUGUUCGACUUUAUCAAUGCCCCCAUCGGCAAGGGCUUGCCCAUCACCAAGAAGCUGAGCCCUUUGAUUGCCAUCCCUACUACUGCCGGAACUGGAUCAGAGACCACAGGAACGGCCAUCCUCGAUAUACCCUCUCUUCGGUUCAAGACUGGUAUUGCCUCGCGCGCUCUCAAGCCGACCCUGGGUAUCGUCGACCUCAACAAUACUGCUACGUGUCCCAAGGAGGUUUCCAUCGCUGCUGGAUUGGAUGUGCUCUUCCAUUCUCUCGAAAGCUGGACUGCUGUGCCGUAUCAUGAAAGGACUCCCAGGCCUACCAACCCCAUCCUCCGACCGGCUUAUCAAGGAUCCAAUCCCAUCUCCGACAUCUUCUCUCGAUGGGCCUUGGAGACUACCAUCAAAUACCUCCCUCGCAUUGCCCGCGACCCAUUCGGUGAUGUAGAAGCCCGAUCUCAGAUGUUGCUUGCUGCCUCCACAGCUGGUAUCGGGUUUGGCAACGCCGGUGUCCACAUGUGUCACGCCUUUUCAUAUCCCAUUUCAUCUCUGAACAAGGGGAGACCUAAAGAAACCCAGUACCACCACCCAUCCUACAACCCCGAGAUUCCUCUCAUUCCCCACGGCGUAGCCGUUUCCCUCACCGCCCCUGCUGUCUUCAACUUUACUGCCCCAUCGUCCCCAGAGCGACAUCGUGAGGCUCUUAGGGUGUUCCUGGGAAAGGACAGGGUGCAUGAGGCAGACGCUACGAAAGACUCGGAUCUCGGGUCAAAGUUGGGAGAGGAGAUUCAAAAGUUCUUGGAUCUGGUGGAGGUGCCGAGGGGGCUGAGUAAGGUUGGGUAUUCUAGUGGUGACAUUGCUUCGCUGGUUGAAGGUUGUCUGCCUCAGAGGCGCGUGCUCGACUUGGCGCCGGUUCUCGCAAAGGACGACAAGGCUGAAGAGAGAGAGCAAUUGGCUCAUAUCGUGGAGAAGUCUUUGAACUGGUAAGAAGUGACGGGCUGUGAGAAGAAGAUGCGGGGGACUUUCAAGGAUCCAAACCUCAUUGUACGACUAUACGCGCGAGUCAACCGUCAUGAACAAAGGUGAUACUAUUCUGUUUCUGGACCGUUUAUUCUUCCUGUGACGCAGCUUCAUAUGAUCCUUCACAGUUUAGAAGGCUGGUUCACAAGAGAAACCGUGAAUACAGAUGUCUGACCUUGG